AUGCAUGCAUUUAACGAUUUGGAUGAUAUAUUCCUUAAAGGCCCGAUUUUGUUUGAAGAAAUAAUUUCAUCAAAUUUUAAUAUUUUUCGUUUAACCGGCACUUUUUCGGUAAAUUUUAAUUUAAUUUUUAAUAAAACUCAAUCCUAUUUAAAGCCAAAUCCAAGUCCAAUACCUUUUGAUGAAUUCAAAAGUUGGGAAUCUUCAUUUAGAGAUAAAGGAAUUAUCAAUAAAAGCUGGCAUAAAUAUUUUUUAGUUGACAGACUUUUAUGUGUUGGUAUAGCUAAAUCUUUGCCUGUUUUUGAUAAAUUGACUUUAUCUGAUCAGGUAAUAGAAGCAAUUUAUAUUUUGUAUUUGGCUAACCUUUCCUCUCAGUUUAGUCCUUGGGUUUUUUACCAAUUUGAUUUGGAGAGCUUUAUCCUUGAGCAGUUAUUGGAAGCUCAUACUGUAAGGAUGUUUCACCUAGCAGCAUUUAAAACGCUUAGGCGGGGGUUUAAGCCCCGGUAGCUCAGUGGUAGAGCUCCUGCAUAUAGUGAGCGAAAGCGCCUAGCAACAACUAGCAGGUUAUCGCAAUCCUGCCCGGUGGCUUAACUUUUGCAAACUCUUUCUGUACUAGAAUUCGUACUCAUACAUGUUACAAGUAAGAGUGCGAGAAAAAAAUUCGUUCCAAAUCCCAAUCACUGACUUUAAGUAUGUAUGUAAUAUUUUGGGAUGAGUCUACCCUUAAUGAGAAAAACAUAUUAUCUUUUUUAUAAAUAGAUUGCACAGCUAAGGCAGAUUCGCCAUUUGUUUAAUUCAUUUACAAACACCUACCUAUCUUGGGAAUUAGGCUCCGAAACCUGGACACGUAAAGAUUAUGUUACGCCUGCUCUUGGUAUUAUGAAUAAUAGUGAAUAUUUAAAUGAUGA